CAGCCUGGAGGGAAGCGGCGUGCGACGUUGUCCUGCCUACCCAGACAGAGCUUGUGUAUCUUGUGUCUGCACGGGAAUACCUCAGAAAGAAUCGUCCGCAAUGGAAGCAGUUAAGGACAUCACAGAGACAGUGGCUGUGGACCUGGGUGCACUCCUGGACGCCGGGGACGACGCCAUGGUGAUACUCGAGGCAGGUGACACUCGGCUGGUGGUGCACAGGGCCGUCCUCGCGGAUAGGAGCCCUGUGUUCGCGGCCAUGUUCGCCCACGACACCCUUGAGGCCUGCACUGGCGUGGUGAGGAUUGCCGACAUCGGGGGCCCGGUGCUGAGGCAGCUGGUCUCCUACCUGUACACCCUGCGGGCCCCCCAGCUGCCCGGCGCGGCCCCCCAGCUGCUGGCUGCAGCAGAUAAGUACGGGGUGUCGCGGCUGAAGGCGGAGUGCGAGCGGCAGGUGGCCGCUCAGCUGACCGUGGAGACCGCGGCGGCCGCAGCCGUCCUCGCAGUCCGCCACUCCUGCGGUGACCUCAGUGCACCAGUCGUUACAGAGCCGAGGACCACCACCACCAGCACCACAACCACAACCAGAACCGCCACCACCACCGCUGCCACCGCCACCUCUGCCAGCGCACCUCACCAGACACCUGCUGCUGCGCGGCCCACGACUCUUCAACCUGAUGAGGCCACUGUCUCUCAAAUGCGGUGAGUUCCCUCAAAACACACA